CUCGGAUCAGCACGUUGUGUGUGUGCACUGAGCGACUGAAAGCUGGGAUUUCCCCCCGGAAAUAAACUCGUGUGUAUAUAUUUCUAGAGACUGUCAUGUGACCAAAAACGAGAUUCAAAAUGGCGGCACCCAUGGAAAACGUGGCCGGUGAAAUGUCAGCAGACGAAAAGGAACUAUUCUGUCGGAUUGAAGCAACUGUACCAACUGGAUUUGAGACUACAGCAAAACUUGAAGCUCUUGAAGUAUUCAAGACUGAAGUUAAAGUUGCAAGAGGUCAUAUAGUCGUCAAGGUUCCGAUUAAGGAUGUCAAAAAGGUACUGGAACUUGGAUGUGUGGACAACUGUUUUGUUAUCAUGACGGAGAUUAAGAAAUUUCCAUUUGCUGAUGAUGAAAUGAAGUGUAUGUCACAGUUGCGGAACCUUGUACCAGAUUUGGAUUGGGAUGUGGGACUACAGGCCUGGAAUAAAGUUUAUGACUUCCCUCACUCCAUCGCCUCUCGUCCUUCUGUCAUACCAGCUGAUCUAGGAGAACCAAUCAGCACUAAGAAUAUCUUCAGACCAAAGAAACAACCAAAAGAUCGUGAUGCCAGAGAUUCUCGUAAAAAACUGUGGACAGCAAAGCGCAAGGAUAAAAAGAAACGUAAAGUAGAUGAUGUCCCAUCACCAGAAACAGACACUGUAAAGAAAGAGGAUAUUAAUGUACCGUCACAAGGGGGUCAAGGUGACAGCCAAUCAGAUGUAGGAACUGUGUCAUGUGAUGUAGAUGCAAAUGUCACAGAUAAAACUUCUACAGAAGGAAAUAUCUCUGGCGACACUGACAAAAUGGCGACAGGUUCACCACCUUCAGAAAAACCAGAUGAACCUCAGUCAUAUUUGCAAACAGAAGAAGGACCGACCAAAAAACCAAGAGUUAAAAUCACAUCCUGGGAUCCAAACAUGCCAGCAUUCCGUGUGACGUGUAAGCGAGCAGGGGCAAAUCACACGUUUGACUCUAUGUGUGCUGCUUCUAAUUUUGGGGCGGCCGUCAACAACUACUUCAACUGGAAUGUAGAUAUGAUAAAAUUUGACAUUGAGGUGGUGUUAAAUAUAAGUGAGAAUGACAUACGCGUGUGUUUGGCCCUCACCCGAGGUAGUCUACACAAGAGGAAUAUUGUCUCCUUCGGGCCCACCACUCUCCGGGCGACUAUUGCUUACAGCAUGCUACGAUUAUGUGAGAUCAAGCCUGGUGACGUUGUGUGUGAUCCGAUGUGUGGUACCGGAAGUAUACCUAUAGAGUUAGCACAAAGUUGGAAAAAUAACUUUGUCAUUGGUGGAGAUGUCUCAAAGAGAUUCCUGGCAAGAGCCGUGGAAAAUAUAGACGAUGUUAACAAAAAGAGGGCAGAAAAAGACAGGGGCACUGUAGCUGCAGAUCUGAUGCACUGGAAUGCAAAGAAACUGCCACUAAAGAAUAGUUCUGUAGACGUGUUCAUUUCUGACCUGCCAUUUGGAGUGAGGAUGGGGUCCUUUACAAAGAACUGGAAGCUGUAUGCUGACUCGAUGGAGGAGAUGGCAAGGGUCUGUACCCCUUCUACUGGACGGGCAGUUCUCUUAACCCAGGACCAGAAGUGUAUACAUAAGACUAUGGCCAUGUUCACCAAGUACUGGACCAGAAAAGCCACUGUCGGCAUCAACCAAGGUGGCCUGGCCGCGGCCGUGUAUGUCCUUGUCCGUACAGCCGAGGCCUAUUGCCGAGAACAAAAACCAGACACUGGCACUGCAAUAGGCACAAUUACAGGGGAUGAACCACAAGUCAAAAUUCCUGAGGAUAAUUGAUACGUUAUUGUCGGAAUUAGUCACUGUGAUGAGACUGAUAAUAAAGGUUUUUUGGGUUUCACAAAUACACUGUAAUAAUCCACAAACAAGUCCCCGCCCAGAAAUAAGCCUCCUUCAUUUUUUGCUAAGUCAUCAAUUUUAAAAUAAGUAAGGUAAAAGUGGUUCAGAAAUAAGCCCAGCUCCCCUAACUUCAAUACUUAACUUUUACAUUACUUUUAUUAGGGGAGGUGGCUCAUUUAAGGAUAUAUAUACAUCAUGUUAAAAUUCUGCUCCUGAUGCAGCAGUAUGAUUCAGUGGUGUUGGUUUGCCAUUGUUGUCUGAUAAGGUGUAUACAUGUAUUAAGGAAACAUGUGGGUCGUCAUUUCACAUUUCCAAAGUUAACCAAGCCUUCAGUGUAAAUGGAGCUUUAACUGUGUACCAGUGUGGUGGACAUUGUGAGAGUGUAGAUGGUAUCGGCAUUUAUAGUUAUAUAUAGAUAGAAAAAUAAAAGUGUUUUGUUUUGUC